AUGGAGCUCGUACGGACAGAUACUCAAACGCGCCCUCCUAUCACUACCACCGAGCUCGCACUAGCGCUUCGUCAGCCCCUGCAAGUGAUUGGGCCUGGCCGGACGAUUCAAUCCAUCUACCAAUCUGUGGGAAAUUUCUUCGAGCGGAAGGCCAACAAGUUUGCGUGUCGAUUUGGCCUGGGUCCGCUCUCGAUAUGUGAACGCGUCGAGGACCUCAUGGGCGCAGAGUCGGCUCAGCGGGAGGCGGCUAUGCAAGAACUCCGACUGGGCCAUGUCAACGCGGCAACGCCAAAACUAAGAAAGGCUUGCUGGCGCUUGUUGCAAUAUGCCUUACCCACUGAAGCACCGAAUACCCAAAUGGACGCUUUCAACUCCGUCGUUCUUCUCGUUACCCGAUAUCCUGGCCUCCGAGCCCUUUUCUUAUCCGCGCCACAACUCCAGCACACAUCCGAGAUCACCAACAAAGAUGUUUUGAAAAUGUGGGGGGCGGCGGGAUGUAGUAUAUCCGACAUCGUCGAGUUUGCUUCGAUUCUGCCUCCCUGGGUUGUAAAUGAGCAGGAGAAAGGGCUCACAACCGUCGAGCGCCUGAUUAUCACUGCUAGCCACAGUGGGAUGUCGGAGUAUCCUUCUCAAUUGGCCAUUCGAUACCUGGGAGGCAUAACUGAAUGCCAUUCUUUCUGGAUGCAACAAGGAGCAUUAUUCGACGUCGUUCUGCAGAAACUGCUUAUCAAAUGUAUCGCAUUCCUUCGAGACUUGGGUGUUGAUGACCUCAGCAUUGGUCGGUCGGCGCAACCAACUGAAUCGGAUGUCGAAGGGGUGGAAAACCUCUGCUACUCUGUUAUUAUCGGCACCCAGGACCACCUUUUGAUUCAUUCCCGUCAACUAACCGCCGUUCGUUGGGGUUCCGCCUUCUCUGAACUGCUCUUGCUUCUAAGACAUCCCCCAGCGCAAACAAUGCUACCGCUUGCCUGGGAGGUGGCCACAAGUCCUGCAGCAGAAUCCCUGGUAACGACGACAUACUCUUUGCGCCCUGUCGAAACUCUUGUUGUCGACUCAUCUUUACCGUCAAUACCGGAUUUUGCAUCUCCCUUCCAACGACUUGUAAAUCGAUUCCUCGCUGCCCAACAAAGCCGUUCCUCUCUAUUCAAAUUCGACCCUCUGAAUCCCAUUAUCGCACCUAUUCCGCCCACACCACCCUCCGAAUUACCUUCUGCAUCGGCAUCAAAUGACCUCCCAGAAACCAUGCAACCCAAGCCAGAAGAUGACACUACUGGUAACACACGCCCUGCACCUGCCGCAUCUCCACGAAGGGCGAAAGACAGCACGCUGGCUUCGUCGGGCUGGAACACGCACUUCCGCGCGGGUCGUUCGAAUGUCGACCCAACCACUGAAGACACAGGAUUUGAUGCGCCGAGCCGGGUCCGCGGUCGUCCGUCGAAGCCAAAACCGACAGUAAACAGGGCAAAGAAACCCGGACCGGUCAGCUCAAGCCCAGUUGGAGAUGGGGAUCCCGAGCCUUCAUCUCGAGGGUUGACUAGAAGGCGCUCGAAAAUCCGACUCCUGCCAUGGGUCGAUUCGGAUGACGAGGCGAGGAUCUUAACCAAGAACUACUGGUAG